AUGGAACAAAUCGAGGAGGCGGUCCGGUGCGCACUUGACCCGACGAGCGACCCGGCUGUCCAGGCACAGGCUAUGGAGUACUGCGAGCAGGUAAAGUCGUCGGCAGAUGGGUGGCAGAUGUGUCUGCAGCUAUUUACAAAGACGCCGGCGAGUUCACCCGAAGCACGGCUGUUUGCGCUGCAAGCAAUUGAGUCGAUGAUUGUCGGAGUGGGAAUCAGCGCUAGUACAAGCGAGGCAGCGGCAAAUCUGAGUGCAGUGCGGCAGUCUCUGCUGCAGUUUGUGACAGAGCAGUACGCAGGCACCAAGUACAGCUCAGAGGUGGGCUUUAUCAAAAACAAACUGGCGCACGCAAUCACGCUACUGGCGCUGGCGACAUAUCCAACGCACUGGCCGACGUUCAUCACAGACAUGGUGGCGUUGACGGGGUUCCCAGCGGCCACGGGGGCAGGCGUGGACCCCUCGAUGGUUGAUUUUGUUAUCAAGAUCCUGGGGUCACUGGACGAGGAGAUGGUGAAUCCGGUGGUGCCGCGGGGCAAAGAGGAGGUGGCCCGCAACACGAUGAUCAAGGAUGCGAUGCGUACUGAGGACGUCCACCGGCUGGCACAUACGUGGCUAUACACACUGGCCCACAUGUCGGCGACGCACCCGGACCUGGCGCGCGGUACGCUGCGGCUAAUCGGCGUGUAUGUGUCGUGGAUCGACAUCAACCUGAUUGUCAACGAGGCCUUCAUGAUGCUGCUGUUUGAGCUGCUGAAGACGCCAGUGCUGCGCAACGAUGCGUGCCGGUGCCUGGUGGAGAUUGUCAGCAAAGGCAUGCGGCCCAUGGAGAAGCUGUAUCUGAUCCAGUUCCUGAACAUCGUCGAGGUCAUGGGGCAGCUCGAGGCUGGCGACGUGGACUUUGCUGAGAACGUGGGGAAGCUGGCCAAUGCCACGGCAGUCGAGCUCAAGGCGAUCUGGGCCGAUAAGGACCCGGCGACGACCGCCGAGGCACACGCAACAGCGCGCGCGCUGAUUGAGCAGCUGAUGCCGCUGCUGCUGCGGUUCCUGUCGCACGAGUACGACGAGGUGUCGUCGGCGGUGUUCCCAGCCAUCAGCGACAUCCUGGGAGUGUUCAAGAGGCAGCAGAAGGAGGGAGCAGGCCUGAGCGAGACGCAGCAGGAGUUCCUGUCGCAGCUGCUGCCGGCGUUGGUGGAGAAGCUGAAGUAUGAUGAGGGCUACCCGUGGCCGCUGCCAAGCGAGUCGCAUGCGACGGACAACGACGGGUCGCUGGACGAGGACGACGACGAGGCGAUGUUUGGCGAGCUGCGGCGCAACCUGCGCGUGUUCAUUGACGCCAUCGGGCAGAUCGCGCCGGGGCUCUACGACUCGGUGGUGCUGACCACCGCACAUAACAUCUUCAAGCAGUGCAGCCAAUACGGAAUCAGUGCCGACCGCGCUGGCGAUGCCGACGGGGAUGGGCAGGGGCAGCUUGGCUGGGUGCGUGGCGAGCUGGGCGUGUAUUUGACGCAGGCGUACGGUGAACGGCUCAGCACGAUCAAGGGCCUGCGGUUCAGCGGCUCCAAGUCGGGGGCACAUGCGACGAACGGCUCAUCAACGAUGGCUUCGCAGGCAUCGACGGAUGCGCUGGCCGAGCUGCUGACAGUGAUGAUCCAGUCCGGCAUUGUCAACUGCGCGCACCCGGCGAUCGCGCCGACGUUCUUCGAGAACUGUGUGCGGUUCCACGGGUUCUUUGAUGUGCAACGCGAGGCAAUCACCCCGGUUCUGGCGGCAUUCAUAGGCGCUACGGGCGUGCGGCACCCGCACAAGACGGUGUGCACGCGCAUUUGGUACCUCCUGUUCCGGUUCGUCAAGCUGAUGAACAGCGAAUCACUGGCGGUAUAUUCGGCCGACGUCAUCGCUGCCGUCGCCGAUCUGCUGACCAUCCGCGCUGACGUGUCGACCAUCAGCGACACGGCGCCGCAGGGCGGCGGCUACGGGCUGUUUGACUCACAGGGCUACCUGUUUGAGACAUGCGGGCUGAUGCUGGCGCCCAGCGGGCUCGACGACUCGGUGCGCAUGGCGCUGCUGCAGCAACUGUUCAAUCCGCUGUUCAUGGGCGCGCAGCAGCUUAUGAAUGCGCGAGCGCCGGCCCAGAUCGCCGCUGACCCGCAGGCGCUGCUGCAGAUCCACCACUACCUGACGGCCAUUGGCGCCAUCGUCAAGGGCUUCCCCGACGCUCGCACUGACGCUAAGGGUGGGCCGACCAACGGCCAGCACCAGCUGUCGCCCAGCACCGCCGAUGUCUUUGCCAAGGCCGCCGAAAUGAGCAUUGCGGUGCUGGAGGCGCUGCGGGAGAGCGAGCUGAUCCGUGAGGCCGCGCGGUUUGCACUGUCGCGUAUGCUCAGUGUGCUGGGCACGGCUGCGCUGACAUACGUACCGCGGCUCAUCGACGGGCUGGUGCCCAUGUGCAAGGUCGAGGAGCUGGUCGACCUGCUGGGCUUCCUGGGCCUGCUGCUGUACAAGUUCAAGCCGGAUGUCGCGCCGACCGCCGCCGAGCUGCUGCUGCCGGUGAUUUCCAAGGUCUACGGCUUCCUGGAUCACGUGGCGGCCGAUGGCGCGGCAGGUACCGAUGAGUCGGUGCUGCUGGCAGAUCUGCGCAAGGCGUACCUGACGUGGCUGGCGGCCAUCUUCAACUCAGACCUGGACUGCGUGUUCCUGACUGCACAGAACGCACCGCAUCUGGUCACCAUUCUUCGGCCCAUUGCCGCGCAGCUGGCCGUUGACAGCGCCAGCCCACAGCUGCAGCGCCUGGCGUUCAGCGUGUUGAACAAGACUGCCGUGGCCUGGCUGGUUGAUCCCAAGGGCUGGCACACAUUUGUCAUCGACGCUGUGCUGCCGGCGUGCUUUGAGGCGCCAACCCGCCCCGGCUUCCGCCUAACCGAUGCCCAGGCAUUGCUGGUGGUGACAGAGAUCGCCGGGCUGCUGCAGACGCUGCUGCUGGCGGGCAACCAGUUCGCUACGUACAUGUCGACAGUGCUGCUGCCUGGUCUUGGCUGCCCGACAGCCAUGGCGACCGAGUUUGUCCAGGCGCUGGCUUCGCUGAACCAAAAGCAGUUUAGAAAAUACUUUGUCAGCUUUUUGUCCAGCAACUCGUAA